AUGAAUAUUCACACGAAAUAUACGAACAAUCAGGAGAUUAAAUUUCCAAGCACGGUUAGCUAUAAAUAUGAAUUUCAACAUUUCAUUACAGCUUCUUCGUCAACUCUCACCGAGUUGGAAUCAAGACAUCCUGAAUAAUCUGGAUGUCACAACAUCAACAUUCAGUCUUCUGGAUAUACUCGCAACUGUUCAUUAUAGCAUGACUUCGAGCAAUAUCAAUGGUUAGUUAACAAACACGUUUUUAGUUAUCUAACUUUUAAAAGUAUAAUUCAUAAAUGUUUGGUGGCUUUGCGAAAUUUCGAGAGAUAUUCAAAAGCUUUCAAUAUUUACGUGCACAAAUUGAAUUUUACUCUAUUCGAAAUUUCAUAAAAUCUGAAUUUCAGCACCAAGUUGUCUUAAUAUUUUUCCCAAAUUUCAUCAUUCUACUAUUAGUUUUGCAACAAUUUGUUAAAUGUUUCAAUUUUGAAUUGUCUCUCCAAAAUUUACCUAAAUGUCCUCUGACUUCUACAAAAUUUCCCAAAAAUUGAGAAAUUUCAAAGAUAUUUUUAAAAAUCAAUAUUCGGAAAAUUGGAAAUUGAGAUUGCAUGAAAAAUACCUAAAUUAUGAAGGUGUGAUUUUUCAUUAUAUAUUGACUUAUUCUUUCAGUUGACUGCGAUUCGAUCAUAAUCAGCCGCGUCAUGUCUGUUGCGAAAGAAUUCGGAAUUGAAAGCGUGUUGUACAAAAUUAGUAACGAAAUAAGAAAAAUGCCAAUGGAAAUAUUCGACAAAUUCGCACUUAUAGAUCGAUUAGACAGUGAUGAAGCUCGGGUACGUUUUUUUAAAUUUCUAAAACCGAGAUAGUUUGCCUUGAAAUUUGGAGAACAGUUUCACAAGAAAUUGUAUCUUCAAUCGUUCAACUCACUGACUUCCCAUAAUUUUCUGUCUGGAAUAGAAUCGCAAAAUGACAGAAAAAUUCAAUUUCAAUAUGAAGAUCAGAUAAGAAACGUGACCUAGUCGAAUUUGAUUUUGAUGAAAACGUGAUUAUUAUUUUUUUCUCAUAUCAGAGCGAAAGCUAUUUUCAUUUUUUCUUCCUAAAAAAAGCAGACUGGGAUUAUUUAUUGUUAUUGAUUCAAUCUAAUUUUCUUUUCAGUCACAAGAGCUCGACCUUAUGACUCGUGAAACUGGUAAGAAAAUACUCGGAAAUGCUGAAGCCAAGAGGAGAUUGCAAGAUGAAACAUUGAAUGGAAUAAGAAAGAUCAUCGAAGGUUUUGAAGCAAUGUAG